AUGUCAUUACUUGAAAAGAAGCAGGAUAACAGUGGCGGCAGCAGCAAUAGUAAUAGCAGUAGUAGCGGUGGUGAUGUCAAAUCCAGGAAGGAUAAUGAUGGAAAAACAGAGGAGGGGGGAGAAGAAAAGGAUGGACGGCUACGGACACCCAGAUCGUACGCCAUGUUAUCUAUUCCACGUGAACUGUCACAUACACCUGCCAUUGCUGGAUUGUCUCCUACUGUUCGAACGCCAUUUAUUCAGAGAUGCCAUUUGCAUCACGGUGACUAUACCAGCACCGACAACAAGGAUGAGCAUUAUCGGCAGCCGUUGGAGCAUAUGACAAUCAUAUUUGAGGAGGAUAGCCUGCAGCUCACGACGACAAGUUUGUUAGGUAAAGGGGGUUUUGGUCGUGUGUAUGCGGCGCGGUCCAAUGGGGGUGAGUUAUAUGCCUUGAAGGUAUCCGCAAAGAAACUGACUGAGGGUGAUUGGGCCCGUCUUCUGAAGGAGGUGGAACUGAUGAAUCACUUCUCACGGCACCCCAACGUGGUGAAGUUUAUCGCCGCCGGACGGGAUGAGGAGACGGCGUAUGUGGUGAUGGAGUGCUGCGCCAGCCGCUCACUGCACGAUGUUAUCGCCAAUCACGGACUAGAUGUACCGGAGAUUCUGUGGGUGGGGUGGGCUCUUGUGGACACCAUCGCCUUCAUGCAUUCUAAGGGUUGCAUCCACCGUGACCUGAAACCGCAGAAUCUUCUUUUUGACUUUGAUGGGAAUUUGAAAAUUACAGACUUUGGCCUUUCCAGUAGAAUUGCGGAGGCGCAACCACGCAAGACAGUUGCGGGCACCGCUAUGUACAUGGCGCCAGAGAUUGCGGAGGCAGUUUACAAGCGUAUGAGUCAUUCAACCCAUCAGCCGCCGCUUCAGUACGGUCAAGAAGUGGAUACAUGGAGUAUUGGUGUCGUGAUUUACGUCAUGCUGACACGCAUGAACCCAUACAUGGAGGCAAUGGAGAAGAGAGGGACACGGGAAAUGGAUAAAACGCAAAAAACUCUCUCACUCUUUAAUGCUGUUGCGGAUGCCGCAUGGGAGUGGCCAACAGGGUGGUCAGGCGACCCGGAACUCUGCGAUCUUGUAAACUGGGCACUUCAUCGGGAUACCAAGAAGCGUGCCACGCUGCAGGAGGUGUUGCAACACCCCGUGUGGAAUCGACGUCCGCUGUCAUGCCCACUCUCUCUGUUGUACAAGUUGAAUCUGCUGGAACGUCCCUCUUCCUCUUCUGUUUCACGCCAUGGCUCCAAACGCCGUUCAUUGACUCGUCUCGCGGACAAUCUUCCAAUUCCCACAGGAAAGAGGACGGCAGAUGAUGUGCUCGCGGAGGGAAUGCGGCGCGUCGUAUUGACGGAACAAAGGGCUCGUGCAAAUUUGGUGUUGGAGCAUCACGAAACGUUACGUGUCAUGCUGGAGUUGUUGAAACUUUCACGUGCGGAGGCGGACGUCAGACGGAGCAUUUGUGAGGACGAACAGAGAUACCGCACUGUGAUUCAAAAUCAGCGGGUCACACAGAGAAGCAGACGCAGAAGGAGUGAGGCACUCGUAUCGUCAUUUUCCGCGGCAACCGUACCGACAGAGGCGGGACCCGUGACUCGCUCCUCGCGCUCGCACAGACAGUCUAGCGUCGUUCUGGUGGCGCCUGCGGCUUCCACGAAGGAGGAAUCCGGAAGAAUUGUCCGUGCCUCACCCGACAAGUACGCCAUGGUUUAUCCAGGACGAGACACCGCUACACGGUGGUCGUUGCGUCCCGUGAUUUCACUCCCUCGUGAACUAAACAGCGAAAUAGAAGAGUUUAGGUGCCUGAACCAUCACAUCAUGACAAAAUUGACAGCUAUGCCUCAUGGAUACAAUGGGUUUGAUUGUAAUGUGUGUGAUCGUGAGAUUCUUAAGAUUUCUCCUGAAACUCCUGCCUUCCGUUGCUAUAAAUGCGACUACGACCUUUGUAUGCGAUGUGCCUAUCAAGGGCGUCUCAAGGACGUUAAUUUUGUGUGCGUGUCAUGCGCGAAAAAGUUUACUUCUUCUGCAAAAUUGCAGGCCCACUCGUUACAGUGCCGUGGUCCUAGCUGGAGUCCAUCCCCACGCCGUUCCUCACGUAUGAACACGAUGCUGUGGGAGGAGGCCGAACCACGACGUGGCAGCCUACUUGAGGUGCGACUUCCCGAUGAUCCAAAGCCCCGAGCCAGUGGACGUCCAUCUGGGCGUAGUUCAACAGGACGAGCCUCCUCUGGCGGACGCAUCAGCAUCGGCGACAGCCAUGUUGCCUCUCCAGAAGAUGUGGGAACCAUGGUGGUGCAGCAUCGUGAUGCAUCCUUUCCAGAGAUGCCCUUUACACGGCGGGCGGGAAGCGGUGGCGGACGAAGGUCAACGCCGGCUAGAGUUCACGGGUGUGAGGAUGUCAACAGCAGUUUUUCAUUUGAGCUUCCACCUGAAAUUCGUCUGUCAAGACUUAAGAAAGGGGAGAGGAUUCAACCAAGAACUUCUGCGGAGAUGCAGGAGGUGAUGGAUGUGGACUCCCCUCCACUAAAGAAAGAACGGAAAGAGGCGCGCGGCGGGGGACAGGAGAAAGAUACGCCUCCUUACAAAGUGAAUGAAAGUGGGAAUAUUGUUGGCAUAGCCGCUCAGCACCGAGCCGCGAGAGAAGCUAGUCUUCAACAGCAGCAGAAACAACAAGGACAAGGUGUCAUUGUUAUUAGAGCCGACGCGGCCGCCAAACCACCAGAGAUGUCUCGACAACCCCAGGUACCGCGAAGUGUUUCGUCCAGCCGUUCCGCAGGGGCGGUGUCGUCGGUCGCAAAGAACGUGGCCCCCAAACCAAUUGAACCUCACUUGGCAAAGGUCACGCGAACAGCUAUCCCUGCUCCCACUCCCACAAAUACUACGGCCCCUGCUGCUCCAAUGCCAAACAUGCCAAAGAAGGGACGUCAGCCCUCUGCGGGUGGCAUGGUGACGCUGCAUGGUGGGCCCCCGUUACCCCGUAGAGGGCCGGGCAUGCCACAGAACACACCAUACUUGGUGCCCCAAGCCGUUCCACCGCCGAAUUUUCCCGUACCGCGUCAGCCAUCCCAUCCGUUGGUGCAAUCUGGCGUCGAAGCACGCCAAGUUGUUGGCGGCCAUCGUGUUUCUGGCGGCAACAGUGCAUUUUUGGCACUUCCUCGUGAAGAACAGAAUAGACAGCGGUUUGUUGACGACUUCCUUAGUGGUGGAUGGGUUCGUUUCUACUCCUUCACCAAUGAAGAGACGGUAGUGAUGUAUUACUGCGCACAGCCCGGUAGAUAUGGCGCCAUGUUUCCAACAGAAGCCGGUGUGGGCACGGCGGUAGUGGAUGUUCACUCUAGACUAGUGUUGUACGUACCAUGCAUGAACAACGAGAGCACAAACCGCAGUCAACCACACCCACAUGUGCAGACUUUUUACGAUGAGGAUGUAAGACUACUCAGCGUCUCCGAGGCACAACGACAUCUUGGCGGUGUUCUAGAAAGUAUCAUGGGUUUUGUGAAUGAAGUGGCACGACUUCGGGCGGAAGGAUUGACGCCGGCGGCCGUUCACGCAGCAUAUAUUCAUCAACGUGAUAAAAGCUCCGUGCCAAAGGACACAAAGUUUGUCUAUGUAAGAAAGGUGUUCCCAGACCCUUCCGGCUCUUUCACACUCUUUCGGCUCUCUAACCUCCGCUCACAGGUAGUGUGCAACACGCUCAUGGAUAUUCGCUGGCAAAGUGACAGAAGACACAACGUUGGGCAAAAGUACUACGUUCUCGCAGACGGUACGGCAGAACCGUUCGUUGUGGAUCAUACCGGAAUUCUUACGCAAGUGGAGACGGUACUGAGCAACAAUUUCCGUCGAUGA